GGUAGAAAGAUGAGUCCAAAAAUUACAACAGAGCUGCUGAAGCAACUGCGGCAGGUGAUGAAGAGUCCCAAGUAUGUCCAGGAGCCUGUCCAAGCCUACAUAGUGCCCUCUGGAGAUGCCCACCAGAGUGAGUACAUUGCACCCUGUGAUUGCAGACGGGCGUUCAUCUCUGGAUUUGAUGGCUCUGCAGGUACUGCCAUAGUAACUGAGCAGCAUGCAGCCAUGUGGACAGAUGGACGCUAUUUCCUGCAAGCUGCACAUCAAAUGGAUAACAACUGGACACUCAUGAAAAUGGGUCUGAAAGAAACACCAACUCAGGAGGACUGGCUAGUGAGUGUCCUUCCAGAAGGCUCGAAGGUGGGAGUGGACCCUUUCAUUAUUCCAGCUGACCAGUGGAAGAGGAUGUCCAGAGUCUUAAGAAGUGCUGGCCAUGACCUUGUGCCUGUCAAAGAAAACCUGAUUGAUACAAUCUGGUCAGACUGUCCUCAGCGUCCCUGCAAGCCUCUCAUCACGCUUGACCUGAGUUACACAGGGGUCAGCUGGAGAGACAAAAUUACAGCCCUCCGUUCAAAAAUGGCUGAGAGGAAAGUCCUGUGGUUUGUGGUAACUGCCUUGGAUGAAGUAGCAUGGCUUUUCAACCUCCGAGGCUCUGAUGUUGAGUACAAUCCUGUGUUUUUUGCAUAUGCUGUCAUAGGAAUGAACACAAUCAGGCUCUUCAUCGAUGGUGACCGGAUGAUGGACCCAGCUGUGAGGGAGCACUUACAGCUUGACUCCACUCUGGAGCCUGAGUUUAAAAUCCAGGUGAUGCCUUAUGGAUCUAUCUUGUCAGAGCUGCAGGCUGUUGGUGUGGGCCUCUCACCCAAGGAGAAAGUGUGGCUCAGUGACAAAGCCAGCUAUGCUCUGACUGAGGCCAUUCCCAAGGCUUACCGGUACCUCACCCCAUAUACCCCCAUUUGCAUUGCAAAAGCUGUGAAGAAUGCAUCAGAAACAGAAGGCAUGAGAAGAGCACAUAUUAAAGAUGCUGUUGCCCUGUGUGAGCUCUUUAACUGGCUGGAGAAAGAGGUUCCAAAGGGAACAGUGACAGAAAUAAUUGCUGCAGACAAAGCAGAGGAGUUUCGCAGCCAACAGAAAGACUUUGUUGAACUGAGUUUUGCUACCAUAUCAAGCACAGGUCCAAAUGGAGCCAUCAUUCACUACAAGCCAGUUCCUGAGACCAACAGAACACUGUCUGUGAAUGAGAUCUACCUCCUGGACUCCGGAGCACAGUACAAAGAUGGUACAACAGAUGUGACUAGGACAAUGCAUUUUGGGACACCGUCAGCCUAUGAAAAGGAAUGCUUCACCUAUGUCCUGAAGGGACAUAUAGCUGUGAGUGCAGCCAUCUUCCCAAAUGGAACCAAAGGUCACCUUCUAGAUUCCUUCGCCCGCUCUGCCUUGUGGGAUUGUGGUUUGGAUUACCUGCAUGGGACAGGACAUGGAGUUGGCUCUUUCCUAAAUGUACAUGAGGGUCCUUGUGGCAUUAGCUACAAAACCUUUGCAGAUGAGCCCUUGGAGGCUGGCAUGAUCGUGUCCGAUGAGCCUGGUUAUUACGAAGAUGGGUCCUUUGGGAUCCGAAUAGAAAAUGUGGUCCUUGUGAUCCCUGCUGAAACCAAGUACAAUUUCAAAAACAGAGGGAGCCUGACUUUUGAACCCUUAACCCUGGUUCCAAUCCAGACGAAAAUGAUUGAUGUUAAUUUGCUGACACAAAAAGAGUGUAACUGGGUGAACGACUACCAUCAGAAGUGCAGGGAAGUAAUUGGAGCAGAACUGGAGAGGCAAGGCAGGCAUGAAGCUCUUCGGUGGCUGAUCCGGGAGACACAGCCUCUCACCAGAGUUGAGUAG